CACAUUCUCCAACACCAUGUUGCAGUGCCUACAUAGAGAGAAGACAAUGUGAAAUUAUACAGAACAAAAAUAUAAAGCGCAACAGGCAACAAUUUAGUUACAGUUUAUAUAAAGGCCCUUUAUUUUAGGGCCACUUCAUUAAGCCCCAAUCUAAGGAUUUCACAUGAAUGGGCAUGGGUGCAGCCAUGGGUCGACCUUUGAGGGCAUAGGCCCACCCACUUGGUAGCCAGACCCAGCCAAUCAGAAUUAGUUUUUCCACACAAAAUGGCUUUAGACAGAAACUCCCCAGCACCCUCCCGCAGUUGAAGAAUCCAGAUGUGGAGGUCCUGGGCUGGCGUGGUUACACGUGGUCUGCGGUUGUGAGGCUGGUUGGACGUACUGACAACGACGUUGGAGGCAGCUUAUGUGUGUGAGAAUGCUGAGGUGCAGUCUACAACAGUCACCUGCCCUGACUUCCCUAAACCUGUGGUUCUGCCUGAGCCAGCUACCCCCUCCUCAGUAUCAGGACUAGUACCAGGACCAUUACCAGGGGAAGGACCAGAGGUUGGACCAGACAGGGGCCAAGAUUGGUCCAAUCUCCUGUCCCGGACCAUGGGCCAGCACCAGGGUCAUUUCUACCACCCUGCUACACUGGCACUGGCAUCCCGAGCCAAGCCCCGCCCCCGUGUACCCCCCAGCUCGGGUGACUUCCUGUGUUCGGUGUGUCACAAGGUGUUUCCCCUGCAACGCAUGUUGACGCGUCACCUCAAGUGCCACAGCAUGGUGAAGAGACACCCCUGCCGCUACUGUGGCAAGGGAUUCAACGACACCUUCGAUCUCAAGAGGCACAUGCGCACACACACAGGUAUCCGUCCAUACCGUUGUGAGCUAUGUGACAAGGCCUUCACACAGCGCUGCUCCCUUGAAUCCCACCUGAGGAAGAUCCAUGGCGUGCGCCAGCAGUACGCCUACCGCCAGCGCCGCUCCAAGAUCUUUGUAUGCGAGGACUGUGGCUACACGUCCAACCGUCCCGAAGAGUACUUCCUCCACGUGCGCCAGUGCCACCCGGGCAGCCCCGCCCUGCGGCGCUACUACCGUCGCCAGGCACACGAGGGCACCAACAACGUGCCUGCCGAACACAAACUCAGUCCCUUCUUGAUGUAUCCCACUGGGUACUAUGUGGGUUGAUUUAAAGUCCUGGGUGAAGAUUCACUAAUAACAUUCAAGUGUGCUUUUCGGUUUCUGCCUUAGUCAAUUCCUUCGUUGUAACCUUGCCACAGAGCAGAAACAGGCUAGUAUCAACGCUAACACAUCAAUUUUACAGUAAGGUGAAUGGACAAUAUGUUUGGGGUUAUUCCCCACCCAGUCAGUGCCUGGCCAGUAGGCCAAAAUAACAUUGAAAAUCAUCAGCAUUGGUGUGGCUAUUUUAAAAACACCACCUCCUGGUGUCCACUUUAGGUAAUGCAGAGAGAUUAAGGAGAGGGUGUGUCUGGUCAAUAGUCAACUACGGUCAAUGUUGAUUAAAGGUAUGUUUUUGUGGAGUGGUGACUUAUUGAUGUGUCCUUCAAAAUAAAUGGUAUCCCUGGCACACAUGCCUGUCCCUCCUCUCCUUGCCACCCAUCCUCCCACCUGUACAGUUACAACCAUCCCAUGUUAUAUUGACUUGCUUCUUAUUUAUUUGCAUGGUGUAUUGCUGCUGCAUGUUUGACGUUUCAUUAUGAUAGUGUUUUAAAGAUGUGCCGCAUAAAAUACCAAAUAAAUGUUCCAAUCU